AUGUCUUCUACUAUCACAGCAACGAAAGCGCCUCAGACCAUCAGGGUCGAAAGCAAAGAUAAUAUGAAGUCAACCUGGCGUCGCAGUGAUAGGCGCACUUGGAAGAUCGGCCACUGGAUUAUCGAGCGGCUGGGGUUAUACCAUGAUGAGCUUGACCAGCCUGCACCUAUUCACUCCAAGGCUGAAUCAGUGCCAUAUGUCCCUCAUUGGCAGUUCCACAGAUGGAUUUUGGUGCACGCAACUAUACCUCUCAUCCUCCAUCAAGGGUUUAUAUCCUUGACCGGACACAAUGUACACCCAGUAGCAGCCUUUAUAUUCUACAGUGUAGCGAUCAAGGCCGUUGCCAUCCAUCAAAUUAAUACCAUGCGGGCUCUUGGUCAACGUUACGGAUAUCUCGAUGGCGACAAGCACGAACGCGAUGGUGUUCCUGACAAAAGCGUCCGAAUCGUCCUAGAGUCACUAGUUUCGACCGCCACAUUCCGAUCUAUGAUGGCAGUCAUUUUAGCUUAUCGUCGGGACGAAGCACCAAGCAAAAUGAAUUGGAUGCUCCUUCCGCUCGAGAUAGGCUUCUAUGGUGUCGUGUUGGACUUUUGGUUUUACUGGUAUCAUCGACUGAUGCACGAGGUCGACUCAUUGUGGAAGUACCAUAAGACACACCACCUUACCAAACACCCGAACCCUCUUUUGACACUCUUCGCGGACAGUGAGCAAGAGUUUUUCGAUAUUGUCGGCAUUCCCUUCCUGACAUGGGCGACACUCAGGCUUGUGGGGCUGCCCAUGGGUUUUUACGAGUGGUGGUUCUGUCAGGAGUAUGUCAUUUUCACCGAAUUGACGGGACACAGUGGGUUGCGUCUCUACGCCACAACUCCAACACCUUUUGCAUGGCCACUUGAAUUGUUUCAUUGCGAACUAGUCCUCGAGGACCAUGAUCUUCAUCAUCGAAAAGGAUGGAAGGCGAGCGGCAACUACGGCAAGCACACACGAUUGUGGGAUCGUAUUUUUGGAACAUGUAUGGAAAGAAUCGAAUGUGCCUCAGAAUCUGCUGACUAUACAAAUACGGCGGUCAUCCCAUUAUUGUGA